GGCACCGUACCGUCACGGUACCACAGAAUUUGCCGUAUUACUGAUGAACCGUAGGAAAUUCUGAUUAGGCUAAUAGUUCUCUUGAGCAGGGAACGCCAACCAAGUUGGCGAGAUUUCGUUAGGAUUAGCUGUCUUUGCGUUGGUAUGGCAUCACACGGAGCACGCAUGCUGUUCGCGCGAGUUUGACAUUCCUUCCCCUUCUUGCCGCCAUUUACUUUGUCCGUUGACCAGGCGAUUGAUUCCGAUUGUAUCUCCGGCCAAAAGGGAUAGACUUGGAUCCAAAGGCGACGACUUUACCUUCCCUUCGGUAUGACUUGGGACUUCGAUCUCAAGAUCACUGGUCUACUGCCAAAAUGCACAUUCCAACAUCUCAAACAGAUUCAAGCCUUCCUCAUCACAACGUCCCUGGCGCAGAACAUUCCGAUCUUCUCCAAGUUUCUUCGCAGAAGCACCGAAUUCGGCACCAUGGGUUACUCGGAUGUGAUAUUCUCCCAAUUGGGUGAUCAUUUUUUGAACGAAACAAUCCUGUGGAACGUUAUGAUCAGGGGCUAUGCGUUCAAUGGACCCGUCGAGAAUGCCCUGUUACUGUUCGAUGAAAUGCUUCAGAGAGGAGUAAAGCCACAUAACUAUACUUACCCGUAUGUCAUAAGCUCGUGCUGUGAGUAUGGUUGGUAUAGGGAAGCGGAGAUCGUGCAUUGUCAGAUUGUGAAGUCUGGGUUUGAAUCCAACCCUUCCGUUGCCAAUUCCCUUUUUAAUAUGUACUUGAAAAUGCCGGCUUCGAAGCAGGAAACGACUGAUUCAAAAUUAACUAAUGCUCGCAAGGUGUUUGAUAAUAUGCUUGUGAGACCUGUAGAAGCCUGCAACCGACUGAUAACCGAGUACGGAAACUCGGGGGACAUCAAGUCGGCAAGGCGGAUGUUUGAGAACAUGAAAGAAAGAGACGUUGUCUCCUGGAAUUCCAUGAUAUCGGGCUAUGCCAAAGCUGGAGAAGUAGCAAACGCAAGGGAAUUAUUUGACAGUAUGCCUGAAAGGAAUGUCAUCUCCUGGACUAGCAUGAUCGGAGUGUAUGCUGACGCGGGUGAUCUAGAAACAGCUAGGCAAGUGUUCGACGAAAUGCCUCACAGGAAUGUGGUGUCAUGGAAUUCAAUGAUCUCAUGUUACAUCCACCACAGCAAAUUCGAAGAAACAUUAUCUCUCUUUCUUCAAAUGCAGUCCGAAGGGUUGUUGCCCGAUGGCUACACUUUUGUCUCUGUCCUGCUAGCAUGUUCUAAGCUAGGCGACUUGGAAUUUGGGAGGUACGUGCACUGCCUAAUAAGGGAUUGGUCUCAACUACGAGUCAUGGUGGGCACUGCCCUUGUAGAAAUGUAUGCCCAGUGUGGAGACGUGAACAGAAGCUUCUCCAUCUUUACCAAGAUCGGGAACAAGGACGUGUUCUGCUGGAAUGUAAUGAUCAGGUCGUUAGCCAUUCAUGGAAGAGCAGAAGAUGCCAUCAAGUUGUUCUGGUUGAUGCAGAAGGCGGGUACAAGGCCAAACGAUUUUAGUUUCACAAGCGCCUUGUUUGCUUGCAGCCUUGGAGGUUUGCUCGAGGAAGGGCGCAGAAUCUUUGCUAGCAUGGCCAGAGACUACCAGGUUAGGCCAAAGAUAGAACAUUACGGUUGUAUGGUUGACUUGCUCUGCCGAAACGGUCAAGUUGAGCAGGCACAAGUUUUAGUGAGAAAUAUGCCUUACGAGCCUGACACUGCUAUAUUGGGAGCUCUGCUUGCGGGUUGCAAAGUGAGGGGCGAUGUCAAGUCUGCAGAGACUGUGGGGAAGAGAGCUAUGGAGUCUACAGCAGAAGAGUCAGGAGUUUAUGCACUUUUAUCAAGUAUACAUGCCGAUGCAGGUCAGUGGCCUGAAGUUCAAGAAGCAAGAGAGAAGAUGGACGGAAUGAAGAUUCAUAAGACGACUGGUAUAAGUAAUUAUCAUGCAGUGGCUUGUUAGCUUUAGAGGGAUCUGCAAUUUGUUCGAGCAUGCAAUAAGAAAAGAGGAUCUUAAUCAAUCUAUUUGUGUUUUGUCUCAUAUGUAAACAAAUAUCCACUUAGUAAGAAACCAUUCACUGGGGAUUGGUGGCUCUUAUUUCUUGAAUGCAGGAGAAUAGAUAAUCAAUCACCAUGGAUGUCCUCCACGUUAACAGCCCUAACGAAUAUAUAGAGACCUUCUUCAGAUCGAUUAUUAGCGACUCCUGCUGAGAACAUUUUGUCAUCGAUAACAAGAUUCACCCAUCGUCAUUGCCCAUACCAAGCCGUCAGGAAACCUGGCACCGGCGCUGUAUCAGGAGUGAUUUUAUCAUCAUAGCAUACACUGGGGAUCCUGCAACUGAACAGAUUCGGAUCAUGGCAGACGUACCACUGGUUAGUAACCACUAACCUGGUCAAGGCAGAAUAUCAGAGGCCAAAACUGCCAAAUCUCUGCAAUAAUCUGGAGUUGUCCCCUAUAAUCUGGAGUUGUCCCCUACGACUACGAUGACAUGACCUUGAGACCAAGGAACCGAAGGUUCAUCACCAGCAUAGGCUUCGUCGAAAGGUGUUUUGAUGGGUUCAGGAACAAGUGAGGGGAGAUUUACACGGGGUGUUAGCUCAAGAGAUGGAAGAAAUGAAGAUUCACAAGACAA